AUGACGGAAGAGAUGACGGAAGCAGGCAGUCUGGUGACCCAGGUCGGCCCCGUGAACCUCGUCCAGGACGCACAGGUGCGAAAGCUGGCGCACGCCAUCCUCAUGGAGCGGAAGAUGCGGAGCAGGCACGUCCCCGUGGUGAUUGAGGCGCUCUGCACGCGACAGCAUGCGAAUGUGCUGGUGAAGGCUCUGGCCAUGGCACAGCAGCUGACGAUGAUGCUGUCGGGGGACCCUGACCGCAUGCUCAGCUGCGUGGUGCGAGUCACAAAGUUGGCCGGCAAGGAGGACACGUCUGAGCAGGCGGGUGCCCGAAGUGAGCGGCUUCUUCGAGUUUUCGCCUGGCCUCCGUAUGCCAUCACCGAACCUGGGCCGUAG